AUGAGGCGUCAUUCAAAGAAGCCAAAAAAUGUAGAGAUUGUUGUUGAAACAAUAAAUGCAGUUGCUAAUAACAUGACAAGACUAGUUGAUGCAUACGAAAAGAGUAAACCUUAUGUAAAUUAUUCGGACCUUUACAAAGCUGUAAUGAAUGUUGAAGCGCUUGAUAUUGAUAGUCGAAUGACCGCUUUUGAGUAUUUGAAUGCAGAUCUGGUCAAAACGAGGGCAUUUUUGAUGGGAGGCUUUGACGUCGAACGUGGAACAGAACAGCCAGCCCCCUCUGCCUUAGCCGACGGGGGACUAUCCUCUUGGCACUUGGCUGAAGUUGUUGCUGUUGAAGAGAGUACAGGCCCAUCCAGGAUGGGAGGUUUGUGAAUUCCUCUGAAUCUGUAAGUGUGUAGUUAAAGAGGAUUGCUUAUUGUUCUCUGAAUCUUGAAGUUUAGCUUGUAAUAUUUAGUUUGCUUCUAUGUUCUUAAGUAAAAAUCUUAAUUCCAUCUUAAUAAUUUCUAUGUUCUAUGUUCUAGGUACGAUUUUUUCAUCAGUAUUGAGAUCACACACUAAUGCUUAUUGAGAAAAUUGUUAAUAUAAACAUCCAUAUGAGUUAUUUAAUUUCUUGUUGAAAUGCUUAUUUUGCAGCAAAAUGGAAUGGCUUGUAGGCUUUUAAAGGGGAAAAGGUGCUAUGCUUAAGAAAUGUUUGCAUAUAGGUUUUUAAAGGGGAAAUCAUUUGAGGCUUCUGGCUCUGCCAGUGACUAGAGUGAUCUGGGGCGGAGCCAGAAAUGGCUCAAGGCUGGACAUUUUAACUAGGGUUGGCUCUAGCAUAAAGAGAUUAAUGACUUUAGGUUGUCACAUGGAUGACCCUAUAUUUUCUAUAUGUUAAUAAAAUAUUGUAGAUCACAAAUCUAAACUCUAUUAAAAUCUAAAUGGCCCACAAAAAAAUCAUAUAAAAGUCUAGUGUCAAUUUUUUUUUAAUGCAAACAAAAAAGCUCAUUACCAACAAUAUUUCUAUUUACCAAAUAGUCAUAUUAGAGUCACUGCCAAUUACACUAUAUUCACACAUAUAUAGAGAUAUACAAGAUAAAGGUUAGACAAUACAUCAUAUCUCAUAAAUAAAAGCUUGUAAAGUCGAAAAGGGCUAAAAGUUGAUACAUGUCUUAUAUGAAGAAAACACUAUAUAAAUAAAUUAAUUACGACUCUUAUCAAAAUGAAAGGCUUGCUUAUUACAUCUAUUUAUAAUUGACCAUGAUGUCUUUUUAUAUUUGCAAAGCUAUCAAAUAAAAACUUAACAAGCAAGGGUAAUAAUACCACUAGAAGCUAGUUGAACAAGUCAAUCAUCAAUUUUAGACAAAAAAAGAUCUGUUGUAGGUCAAUUGCAAUGCAAACAAUUUUACCUUCAAAAUACGAAUUUAGAAAAAAAAAACUCACAAAUAUAUAAAUUAAGGCCAAUUCAAAGGUGGACACAACAAAUAAUAUCAAAGCAAAUAAUUAAAUAACAUAUAUAUAAAAUUAAGAAAAACAGUUUGAGGGUGGGCUAGUGCGCACUGGCCCACUCAUAGAUCCGCCCGAGAGUGACUAUGCAAUGAAAUUGAGUUAUUUGAACUCAUCUGAAACUAUUUGACAUGUAACAAAUUCAAUGAGUUUGACCUAUACAAUUUAUCGUGUAAAAAUUUAUUUUAAUAAAUAAUAGAAUAAAAAAAAAACUAUUUGCCCCCCCCUACCCCCA